AUGCUAUAGGCCUAUAGCUGUAUUCUUUAUUUGAAUAUUGUUAUAUCUUUGCUCCUACGCUGGUGCGCACUAGUGCACUGUUCAAGAGAUGUGAUGGACACAAGUAGAGACAAGAUGGUUGACUUGUUGAUUCCGGCUAAGUCUACGGAGAAAUAGAACUAGAGAUAGGUUACAACCGCCUGAGUUGUAGAAGGGAUUAUUGCCAGUGUGGUCAGCAGAUAAUAAAAAUGGAGGCAGAAUGUGAACUGGGUUCAGAACAAGCUAAAAAAGAGCAUGAAAAACUGGCAUCUGUAAUUAAAGGUGUGCAUAAACAUCUAAGAAGAAACUUCAGAUCAAAAAAUGCGGAAAUAGAAACCUUAUGGCAACAGCACACUCAAGAUGAAGCCAAACUUCAGAUGUAUGCCAAUGCUAUGUACCAACUUGCUACUCAGCACUGGUCAAAGCAUGCAGAAACACGAAUAGAUUGGUGUCAUAGAAUUGCAGUUGAUUAUUUUCUUUAUGAUGGUUUGAAAGCUGCAUUGGAGAAGGAUAAGAAAAGAAAAUACUAUAUGGAUUUAAGAGCCCAAGCUAAGGAUGAUGAUCUUAAAUUAUGUGACACUCUAAAUGUAGACAAAAGCUCUGAUAGAGUGCAGAGUGUUGAUCAGCAAGUAACAAAUUGUAAAGAAGCAUGUUGUAAUGUCCAAGUAGUUUUGCCUGUUGUUAAAAAAAUUCGACUUUUAGAUGUUGGGAGUUGUUACAAUCCAUUUCUUGGACUUGAACAUUUUGAAACAGUUGGUGUAGACUUGGUUCCAGCUCAACAGACAGUCUUGAAAUGUGACUUCCUUCAGCUCACUAUACACAGUUUACCACCAGCUAUAGAUGCUUUGACCUAUGAUUUAAAAAAUUUGGCAAGUCCUGUAAACCAGCUUCCAAAAGCCAGUUUUCAUGUGGUUGUUUUUUCUUUGCUACUAGAAUACUUUCCAUCUCCAGUUCAGAGGUGGACAUGUUGUGUUAAAGCAGCUGAACUCUUGUGUAGGAAUGGUUUGCUGUUGAUCAUAACUCCAGAUUCAAACAGUCAACAUCGCAAUGCUCCUAUGAUGAAAAGUUGGAGGCUGGCUCUUGAGAAACUUGGUUUUCAGCGUUGGAAAUAUGAGAAAAUGGAGCAUAUUCAUUGUAUAGCUUUUAGAAAGGUGUAUGAAGACCCAAGUUGGGAACCUCUGUCAGAUUCAGCUGUGAACCAGUUUGCACAAAUGUUGUACAUUCCACAAGAUCUUACAGAUGCCUGUUAUGAUGACCUACCCCAGGAGAAUAACAUCGCAGACCAUGACCCACAUGAAUUUUUAUUGUCAGCUUGUGAGCUACCAUUUCAUGAUUAAUCACUGACGUGUCCUGCCCAUCGCAGCUGGGACUGCAUCAGGAUUGUGUGGAUGCUUUGCAGACACGCUCUUCGAAGGACUUCAGUGUCUGGUAUUUUGUCUUGCCAUUUGACAUUCAGUAUUUUUCUCAGACAUGUCAUGUGGAAGUGGUUCUGUUUCUUUGCAUGUUUUCUGUACACUGUCCAUGUUUCUGAGGCAUAGAGCAAUGUAGGGAGGAUGACGGCUCUAUAGACUCCUAGCUUUGUAUUUGUGGUGAUACCACGUCUGUUCCAGACAUUUUUAGGCAGUCUGCCAUAGGAUGCACUGUCCUUGGCGAUACGCAGGUCAAUUUCACUAUCGAUUUUUCCGUUUCUGGAGAGUGUGCUGCCAAGAUAUGUGCAGAAUGGAAGUCCACCGCAUCCCUAAACGACUCUUGUAUGGCCAACUAAGCGAAGGAAAGCGCUCGCAAGGUGGUCAAAGAAAGCGCUUCAGGAACCCUCAAAGCUUCUCUGAAGGCGUUCAGCAUAGACCCAGGCACCUGGGAGACAGAGGCACAUGACAGAGCAUCAUGGCGUCGCGCUGUGAAAACUGGCGCACAGGUUGCAGAGGAAAAGAGAACAACGCUGGCAGAAGAAAAACGCCAGAGAAGAAAAGCAAGGCUAACGACACUAGCUCCAGCUGGAAUAACCUGCCCAGUGUGCGGCCGAACAUUCCGGGCCCACAUAGGUCUCACGAGGAGGCAUAAAACCCCAGUGCAAAGCCUUCAGUCUUCCUGGAUGACAAAGUGGUCAUCAUCGAACCACGAUGGACGAACUAUCUAUAUAUAUAUAUAUCUAUAUAUAUAUAUAUAUAUAUACAUAUAUACUCCAAUGGGGAUGACUUGCUCUAAAAUCCAAUAAUAAAAUAUAAUUAUUAAUUAUAUUAAACCCUAGGCUCAGCCUGACAGAAACACAUGGUACAUAAAGUAACUAUGUGGAUAAUGUUUUAAAAUAAAAUAAUGAAUUUAAUAAAUAUAUUUAAUGAGCAAUGAUAAUGAAACAAAUGCUGAAUAGACUAAUAACUAAUACUUAAUCCAGUUGUUCUAGUAAUAAUUACAUAUACAGACUAGGGCUUAUUCAAAGAACAUAUUACUGUAACUUAGCCAACAUCGAGCUCAAAGAAACUGAACCAAAGGAGUAUAUAAAAACACUAGUUUAAUAAUAGAACAACAGUAGUUUCGAUAACAAAUAUUCAACUAGAGUACUCAGUAAUAACAACACUUCUUUCUUGUUUACAUCCUAGAUCAAAUUAUCGGUCAUCUUCGGCUUUCUCUAUCUUUUUGCGUAUCUCUGUCCUGUGUCUUAUAGUGCACAGUCUCGCACCUAAUGACAGUGCGCAAUGCACGGUCAUAACAAUAGUAAAUAGUUUUUGCCUGUUUCGAUCACGAAUUAAAAAUAAAGAACUUUUAAGAUCACUUACAUAUCUUUUUCAUCUCAUAGAAUAGAUGCUUAUGUUUUUGUGUAUAACUUCAUACAUGUAACUUGUUUUUGUAAACAAGAUUUAUAAAAGAUAAUUGAUUAAAAAAAUACACCGAUUGAAAAUUAAGAACUUCUAAGAUUAUAUUAGUGUUUUUACCUGAAAUGCAUAAAUGUUUUUGUGUCACUGCCAUUUUGUCGAGUUCCUUAGCUGCCAAUUAUUUCGACUAGUUUCAGCACCGUUGAAAUCCCAAUUUCAUCCUUAUUUCAGAUUGUUGUAUAUAUUGAAGAAAGCAUUCACUUCUGGUCUGUUGAUAGCUGUGGGUGUAUAGUUAAAAACUCAUAUAUUCCAGAUUUUUCUGGAUUAAAAUUUUGAGAAUUUAGAAGAUUCAUGUAUAAUUGUAUUCAUGUAUGAUUCAUAACAAUUAUGGCUUAACACACCACACAAAAAAAAAACAAAAGCGAAUAACUCAUAAAAAAAAGUGCAUGUACUCAUUGCUACAAAACUAACUACGACAGUGCUGAUGUCAUAUUUGUCGUCUGUUAAUUUAGCCUCGACUUAUGCACACAUUCUAUUUAGAGUCAAUGAUGUAAUUGGUGUUUAUUGCUUGGACAAUAUUGUUUCUUGGCCAGUGAAAUGUAGUGUUGAAAAGUUCUUAAGUACAUAUUAUUAUUAUUAUUAUUAUUAUGCAUAUAAUUUGUUAAUUUCCUUACGGACAAUAAAUAUUAUUAUUAUUAAUUUGUAUAUGGAUUAUAUCAAUGUAUGAUUUUAUUUUUUGUAGUCAUUUUGUACACUGACUUGUGGCAUUUGAGUGUUUUUGUGAUAUUGUUUUAUAAUUAGUAAUUAAAAAUUAAAUAUUGAAAUCUG